AUGGAGGAGGAUGGAGCCAGGAUCUUCCCAGGUGGGAUGGGAGGCAACAGGCAGGAACUGGAACACAGAAUAUUCCACCUGAACAUGAAGAAGAACUUUACUUCAGGAGGUGCUGAUCAGUCAGGCAGUUUGCGUCCCCUCCAGCGCACCAAAAGGACCUGGGUCGUCACCACCAUUGAAGUACAAGAGGAGGACAAAGGACCAUUCCCCAAAUAUGCUGGACAGCUGGUCAAUAACAGAUCAUUUAAUGCCUCGGUAAGAUAUUUGAUCAGUGGCCCUGGGGUGGAUGAGUACCCAGAGAUUGGAUUGUUUUCAUUAGAAGAUGAUGCACGUGGACAGGUUUAUGUACAUCGCAGCAUCGACAGGGAAGAGACCUCAACUUUCCAGAUACGUUUUGAUGUUGUGAGCAGAAAAACUGGAGAACGAGUGGACCACCCUUUGUUUUUCAACAUAAAGGUUAAAGAUAUCAAUGACAAUGCACCUGAGUUUGCCAAGGAAGAAUAUAACAUUACAAUAAGAGAGAACCACAAUAAAGAUGAACCAGUUUUCCAAAUCACUGCCAUGGACAAAGAUGAAAUUGGCACUGAGAAUUCUCAGGUGUCCUAUUCUAUGAGUAUGCAAAUGCCUGUUCCACGGGGACUCACAUUUAAUAUUGAUCCUACCACAGGAUCAAUACUUCUGUCAGGAUGCCUGGAUUAUAAGACUGCCAAGUCUUUCAAACUUGUGAUUAAAGCCAGUGACCACGGAAGUCCCCAGCUGUCAUCUACUGCAACAGUCAACGUAGCUGUUGAAGAUGCAAACAACUACCUCCCUGUAUUUAUUAGUGAUAAUUACCAGCUACAGGUUUCAGCAGGUCAAGAACAUGCAGCUGUAUUCAGGCUCCAAGUGGAAGAUAAAGACUCCCCCAACACUUCAGCUUGGAGAGCAAAAUACACCAUAACAAAAGGCAAUGAGAAGGAACAGUUCACCAUUGAGACAGAUCCAGACACAAAUGAAGGCAUUUUGAGUAUUAUCAGGCCUCUCAGCUAUGAAGAUGACUCUGAGGUGAGACUUGUCAUUUCUGUAGCAAAUGAAGAACCUUUCUUCUUUUGUAAAGAUGGCAUUACAAUGAUCUCCAGCCUAGAAUCCACAAAGACAACUGUGAACAUCAAGGUCUUACAGUCACAACAUGUUCCUAGCUUUCAUCCUCCUAUACUCACUGUCCAAAAAGAAGAUUCAAUGGUGCCUGGGAGGGUAUUUAGAAGGUAUCUUGCCACAUAUCCAGAUGAUGUGCCAGAUAACAUAAAGUAUGAACUAGCCCAUGACCCAGAUGGGUGGCUGAGUGUGGAUGAGGAUUCUGGAGUUCUUACUGUGGCAAAGGAAUUUGAUCAUGAAUCCCCUUUUGUGAACAACAGCCUGUACACUAUUAUUGUGCAUGCCACUGGUCAUGGCAAUUCAGCACAGACUGGUACUGGCACCAUCCUGCUUUACUUGUCUGACAUUAAUGAUCAUAUGCCAUCGUUAGUGGCUCCUUCUCUUGACGUGUGUGACAAAAAUGAAGGGACAUCUCUCAUUAUACAAGCUAAGUCUCCUCUGGUCCAUUCACAUUCUGGGCCAUUUACAUUUGAGCUGGCUGAGGACUCUGAAGAUGUGCAGCAUAGCUGGACAUUAGGAAGGAACUUUGUGUCCAGCCUUGUACUUUUCCGCUGUCACCGGUCAAGAUUUGCAAAACCAGCCAUUCUUUCAUCUCAGGAAGGUGAACAGACUUUAAUCAGUUAUAAUGAAGAGUCUUUUUCUGAGAAUCUCCCUUUCCCUAGUUACAAGCCAUUCCAACCAAGACCCCUUGAUCAUUUCAUACAGACAGUGGACGAAAUACUGGGACAGAAACUGUAUGACCAAAACACACUGGAUGAUUAUGGGGAAAACUAUGACCCUCACAGAUACACUGAGGAAGGAAAACAAGAGCGAAGUAACUCCCCCUGCUCUGUCCCCAGUGACAGUGAGGACUUGCCUGUCGAUUUUUUGAACACUCUGGGACCAAAGUUUUCUGCUCUGGAAGAAAUCUGUCAGAAGUGA